AUGGAGGCGGACACACGCACCACAUGGGAGCAAACGCUGGGUGCCUCAACGAACUUCGUGCCCUUACAAGAGCUUGUCAACUCCCUGGAGUCAACGGCCAGAGGCAUGACUCCAGAUGAUCAACAGAAGUCACCGAAACGAAAAACGAAACCAACGCCAGAAGGGAAACCAACGCAACCGGCACAUGUGCACCAUGUGGCGGAGACAUCAGCACCUCAAGGCAACGACACUCAACAAUCCAGACCUGCUGAUUGCUGCGCAUAUUGCAGGGACAGGCACUUCAUUGGAAAGUGCCCGGGAUUCCAAAACCUUCCACCAAGGAAACGGUUGGAAUACAUCACAGGCAUUCGCCUGUGCUUCAACUGCUUCGGCACGCACACGGUGGCAAAAUGCAAGUGCAUCAAAGCUUGCUUUAAAUGCCAACAACGCCAUCACACGAUGCUGCAUCUGGACCAAGAGAGGAGGGAAUCCAGCACCUCAUCCAACAACGCUCCAGAGGCACCAGCAACGAGGGAGGAAUCAGCAUAUGAGACCUAUUCAACACCUGGACCUAUCAACAUCAUCAUCGGAGCUGACAACUAUGGGAAAAUCAUCGGUCAUCAAGUCAAGAAAUCCAACCACAAUCAAUUAGUUGGCCAACUAACGAAAUUUGGAUGGAUCCUAUCCGGUCCAUUAUGCAAUGCCAACUGUUCAACGAAGACCUCCUUCUCCGCGGCAAGGGGAUCCUCUAAUGAACAAUUAACGGAGCUUCUACAAAAAUUCUGGGUCCAGGAAGAACCACCAACUCCAACGAACGCAACCAACGAGCUGACACCAGACGAACGAGAGUGUGAAAAACACUUUCAACGCACUCAUCAACGAGACACAACGGGGCGCUAUAUUGUGCGAUUACCACUUCGCACGUCAACUACAGCGCUCGGAGAAUCGAGGAGUACGGCGCUUCAUCAACUCCAUUCAGUGAAACGAAGAUUGAACGCCAAUCCUGAUUACAGCAAGCUUUACAACGACUUCAUCAACGAAUACGAAGCACUAGAUCACAUGCGACCUACACACGAAACCUCAGAACCAUCAACAACAUAUUACCUGCCACACCAUGGGGUUCUGAGGGAGGAUGCACUAACCACGAAGCUACGAGUGGUUUUCAACGGCUCCAACAAAACAACUUCGGGCAUCUCACUCAACGACAUCCUCCACGCGGGCGGGAAGCUUCAAGUGGAUGCAAUGGAUGUUCUCACAUGGUUGAGAAGACAUCGAAUCGUCUUUGGUACCGACAUCGUCAAGAUGUUUCGACAAAUCAACGUGCACAAAGAUGACUGGGAUCUGCAACGGCCAGUGCAAUUCGAGGAGGCAAUGAUAAAAACUCUCGAAUUGUGUUGGCAUCCAUCAACGGACUCAUUCCACUACAAAGCAAAGAUCUUCAACUCAACGAACUUCACCAAGAGAACACUGUUGUCGGAAAUAGCUCAGAUUUUCGACCCUCUUGGAUUCAUCGCACCAGUCAUAGUUCGAGGAAAAAUAUUAAUCCAAGAACUCUGGUUGCUAAAAUCAACUUGGGAUGAUCAACUGCCACUUGAAUACGUACGACAAUGGAAAGAGUUCAGGGACGAACUCACGCAACUCGACCAGCUCUCCAUCCACAGAUGGCUUAGCCUAUCCCCAACGAUCACCAACAUACAAAUACAUGGAUUUGCAGACGCAUUGACGGUUGCCAUGGGGGCAGUCGUCUACUUACGAACUCAGCGAGGCAACGAAACACCAACAGUCAACUUGGUGUGUGCGAAAACGAGAGUAGCACCACUGAAGAGAAUGACGAUCCCACGCCUAGAGCUCACCGCAGCCCUCCUGCUGACAAAAAUAGUCAGCUGGACUCUACAAACGUUGGAACUCAACGCAGAGAUAUACUUAUGGUCCGAUUCAUCGGUCGCCUUGGCAUGGAUCAACAGCCAUCCAUCCCGAUGGAAGGAGUUCGUUCACAACAGAGUGACGAAAAUCCAGGAAGCAUUACCAACAGCUGUGUGGAGACAUGUUGGCGGGAUUUACAACGUCGCUGACUGUGCUUCACGUGGCAUAUCACCGACUCAACUCAACGAACAUCACCUAUGGUGGAACGGGCCUGACUGGCUAGCCAAACCGCCAUCAGCCUGGCCACAAGACACAAUCAGUUCUCCAACGGAGGUCUCACUGGAAGAAAGACCAGCAUCAGCUCACCCAGUGGCUGCUGAAGUAAGACAGCAUCCAUUGGCAGAGUUCGUCAACAGAUACUCCCCGUUAUCCAAGGUUCUACAAGUCACAGCAACAAUAAAUCGAGCAAUCCAACGACUUCGCAGACAACCAACGCCAGACACGCCAGUGCUAACAACGAGAGAAUUCAACGAAGCGAGGAUCUUCUGGAACCUCAACGAGAACACUCAACUUCCUCGAAAACAUCCACUGACCAAACUGACGCCGAGAAUAGACGACCAAGGAAUUCUACGGCUGGGUGGACGACUGAAAAACUCAUUGCUCAAUCCAGACGAAAUUCACCCAGUGAUAUUACCACGGAAAUCUCGGUUAACAACAUUGAUCAUCAACGAAGCGCGCCAGAAAAUUCUACACGGAGGAGCGGAACUCACCAUGGCCUACAUCAGACAACGUUGCUGGAUCGUUGGAGGCAGAAAAUCAGUACAAGCAUUCAUACUUCGCUGCUCUGUCUGCACCAGGUUCAGGACAACACGAGCACAACAGCUGAUGGGUCAACUCCCAACGCCGAGAGCAACACCUUCAAGACCAUUCCUGCACACUGGAAUUGAUUAUGCAGGACCUCUUCCAAUUCUCAAGUGGAGACCAACGAACGCUCAGUCACCAACUGUCCAUAUUGCUGUUUUUGUCUGUUUUAGUACAUCAGCCGUUCACCUAGAACUGGUCAACAGACAAACAACGAACGCGUUUAUUGUUGCCUACAAAAGAUUCACUGGAAGGCGAGGCAUUCCAGCUGUAAUGUACAGUGACAACGCCACAACGUUCGAGGGAGCAGCCAACGAACUCAACAGACUGUACAAUCACCAGCCUCCCGAGAACCAACAAAUUAGAGCAGCAUUGGCACACAACGGUACGCAGUGGAAAUUCAUCCCACCAAAAGCCCCUCACUUCGGAGGAAAGUGGGAAGCUGCGGUAAAAUCAACGAAAUACCAUCUACGACGAGUACUGGGAACCACAACAUUAACUUAUGAAGAGUUAAAUACGGUCCUGGUGCAGAUCGAGGCCUGUCUCAACUCGAGGCCAAUUGUCCCAAUGACGGAUGAUCCUGAUGACCUGCAGAUGGUUGCCGUGAGGAGGCAGAGGGCAUGCCUGAGAGCUGCCAAUCACUGGUUCCGCUGGGAGGACUCAGAGACUGAAUCCUGGGAUGCCGAACAUAUUUUCGGCAUCCAGGAACUCCAUGCCCGGGCGGAAGGCUGGCUGGAGCAGGAGGAGCACCAGGCUUUCCUGAGAGGAGACUGGCGGGAGGGAGGAAUUGGCCCCGACACCCCCAGAGCCCGCUGGAUUCGCGCCCUGAGGGCCCAGGCCCGGGAGUUUGCGGCCCAGGAAGAGGAGUGGGAGACGUCUACGACCUCGAGGACCUCUGGGAUCUGA